AUAUCAUUUGUGUUCUAUCAGCUUGAAGUGGUAGGACAGUUGGUUUUUGCAGUGGAAUGGAAUGGCAUCAAAGGGAAUCUGCCUGGCUGUCUUGUUCGUUUUCUGUUUGCCUCUUCCACUGCCGGUAUUGUCAGUGAACACUAACAUCAAUGGAACAAGAGGAGCUUCUGUUCUCUGGCAAUGCCAUCAUAAGUUAGAGAGUCCAUUCCAGCCUCAAGAAAGCCGAAUAUACUGGCAGACUCAGGAUGACAUCGUUCUUCAUGUGUACAACGCAGGACAAGAGGAGUAUGAAUAUCAGGAUAAGACAUUUCAAAACAGGACCAAAAUCUUCCCAGAUCAAUUAUCCUUAGGGAACUUUUCUCUUGUGAUUGAGCCAUUAAUGCUAAGAGACGAUCGCAUCAGUCUGACGGUUGUUUAUAUGGCUGCAACACAAGCAGGAAUCACAAUCUGCCAGCAGACUCUGUAUGUCGCAGCUCCCUUACAGAAACCCAAAGUUGAAAUAAAUCAUACAACAAUGUCAGCAAACUGCAGUACGAGGGGGGUGUACCCCGAACCCCAAAUCAGUUGGACCUCCCAGAACGACUCCCACAUCCCUGAACAUACACUGGGACAACGCGAAGUGCAGACUACUAUGACCCAUGAAGAAGAUGGCACCUACAGCAUCAACAGCAUGGUCAGCAUCACAGGGACCAUGACGUGCUAUGUCUACAACCCCACGUCAAACCAGACUGUCAGUGCUGCUGCUGCAAUCACAGAACAUACCAAAUCUAGAGUUAUUGCCAUUGUGGUCCCCAUUAUCCUCAUCAUCAUCAUCAUCAUCAUCUGUAUCGCAGUGGGGAUUGCGUGUGCAAGAGCUAGAGCUGGCGGACCCUACGCAGCACCUGAGAUAGCACUGGCACCCAUUGAUGAUGGAGGUGGCUCUGAGGGGGAUGAGGCAGAGCAGAGGAGAGAUGACGGCAGAGUGGAGGAAGAGUUGAACUAACCCAGUUCACCCCUUGCUGCUGCUUAGUCCUAAUCCCUCCCCAGAGGUCUGUGUGAAUCAUCCACAAGAUUCAGAAAUCUAAGUGAUUCUUUAACAAAGAAUUGUUUUUAAAGAAUUAUAAGCCUUAUAUGCCUGUUUGGUCACACAAAAAUUUCUCGUAUGCUGAUGUCUCAAGCUCACCAACUAGCUAGUCAGCUAACAUUUCAACAUUGUUUUAAGGCUGUAGGUGUGGGUGACAUGUGAAUGAUUAGAAAUUAGAGUGAAAAUGCCAGAGCCGAUUUUUUGUCCCGGUACAGCCCUGACGGCAACAAACCUCUUUGUAAAGAGCAAUAAGAAGUUAACCUUUCUGUUUGGAUGACUGUAGUAACUGGACAGGAAGUGAACAUUUCACUCUACAUAGAUAGAACUGAAUCAUCACUGUUGUUAUAGCAAAGCCAGUGCUUUCAGCACUCUAUACUUGAAUUAUUUUCUUUAUGUAUUCAUAACUCAAGUGAGUGUAACUCUUCAGGUUGAGUUCUUCAAAAUGUAUGUUCAGUAUGUCAUUGUAAGUAGUUUCAUAUAUUUAUACAUUCAAGAGAGGCAAUGCAAAAAAAAGCAAAAAAAA